AUGCGUGUUUUUAGCUUUAUUGGCAAAAUGUGGAAUUGGCAAAAUGUGGUGACCGUCUUUUUCUUUUCUUUUUUUCCCCUUUUUUCAUCAUCCUCUUGUCUCCUGACUGCUAUUAUAUGGAACUCCCCCCUCCCCCUUCUCUUCCAAAAAAAAAUUUUUUCACGUUUUUAACAUGUGAAUCAUAUGAUUUUUUAACUAAUUUGGACCAUAAAAAGGGAUUUUUUAUAUAAAUAGCCAUAAAGCUGGGGAGUGAGGAAAAGAAACAAAGAACACAAUUUGCGUGUGACAUAAAAGUUUUCUGCCAACAAAAUUUUUGUAGUCGAACAAAACACAAAAAUUUGCAGAAAAAGUGUCAUGAGUUUGGUUUAUUAGUUCGGUUGGUUCAUUCAAUUUUUGAGGUCUUGGAGGACAAGAAAAUAAAAAGAACUUUUUUGGAGGAUAACCUAAUAGAUCAACUUGCUUAGAUCAACUUAAAGCGACUAAUCUUCAGACUCUAAUGGGAGAUUAGGGAUGUCAGGGUAAACGAAAAUCUUUUGGGUUUCGAAUUUUCGAAAAAUUUCUCGGAUUGGAUUUCGAAUUGAAAAUUGUCCGAGUUCCAGUCUCGAAGUUUUUAAAAUAAAAAUGUAAAAAAAUUUUUUCGAUUGGUGUAGUUGGAUAGUGUUCGGUUUAAGAGGUCCAAGGUUCGAAUCCUACUAGUGGAAAAUAAUUUUUAAAUUAUUUUAAAAAUUGUCCGAGUUCGGAUUUCGUGUAUCGAAUUCGCCGUGACAUCCCCUUGGAGACAUUGAAAAGGCUAUUAGAGUCUGGACACUUAAUGACUAUAAGGUGUUCGUCGAUCUCCAGGGUGUUUGCUUCUAACACCAAAACACACUCCGUACGACCUUGGAAAAUUCAA